AGUAAAAGAAUGAACUCUUUGCUCCAGCAGUGACUGAUGUACUGCAGAAAUUUUUAAAUGGUUCCAGAUGAUCCUGAUGUGCCAGACAGAGACAGCUCUACAGAAUGCAGCAUCCUUGCUUGAUGCUGUUACUUAUUUUACAUCAGGCUCCAAAAGUCACAGGAUCCUCAGAACAGCUGUUUGCAGCUACAGGAUCUUCAGUGCUGCUCACCUUCAAUAAUAUCUCAGAGAUCAUAGGGUUCCUGCAGUGGGAGUAUAAAAAAGGCCCGACACAGGAAGGAAUUGUAGAUUACUUCAAGUUAGAUUCAAAAAUAGUGAUCUAUGAUCACUAUGAGGGCAGAGUACAAUUCCAUACAUCCAAUGGCUCCCUUGAGCUGAGAAACGCACAAGUGAAUGACAGCGGUACUUACGUGGUCACGGUCAACUUAAAGAAGAACUUAGUAAGAGAAAUAUUACUCCUAGUUAUAGACCCCGUGUCCAAACCUGGCUUACAGACAGAUUCAACACUGGCUGAUACACCUAUCCAAUUAUCUUGUGUGGUGGAGCAUCUUGGCACAGUAAAAGAUAUUGUUUGGAAGAAAAAUGGGCAGCUGCUUCACCCAGAUUGUCAUUAUGUGUUUUCUGAAGACUUCAGAGUUUUGCAAAUACAGAACGGGCAGAAAUCAGAUUGUGGCUCCUACUCCUGCAAUGUCAGCAACGAAGUAAGCUGGGAUGAAGCCUCCCUGGAUUUGGUCAUUGAUGGUUUGAAACCUUUUCUGAAGCAAGCACAGAAAAUCUCUGCCGCUGCUAGCUUCUUGGCAUGGGCUGCCACACUGGAUCUCCUUGUUCUGUACUACCUAUCAGGAAAAAAAAGAGUUGGAGUAAUGUCUUGGAGGUGGCCUUGUGUAGGCUUUCUUCUGCUGCUAUUUGGAUCUUGUCUUCUUCUGGCCGUUGCCAGUGGUCUCUGGAUACAAGAGGAAGGCAUCUCUCUGGUCUUUCUUCUAAUGCUUUUCCUUGUCAUGGGAAUCAUUGUAAUGUUAUUAGUAGCUGUGAUCUUGGCACUUUCCCCAGUCAUGCUGCAGGCAUUUAAAGCAAAACCAUGGACCCAUACUGUCUUGGACACCACUCUUCUGGGAGGAAUGGUGCUAAACGUGCUGUUCAACAGCCUGCUGCUGCGGGACAUUCAGCAUCAGCAAAGAAAAGGAUGCUCACCUGAUUUUGACUGGACAGCAGCAACAGUUAUCGUAUCUGUUGUUUCUCUCUCUGUGUUUCUAGUCGUCUUUGUGUGGUAUCAACGGGAAAUAAAAUACCAAGAAGCACCAGAAAAAAAGCUGCAAGCUGAAGGGCAUCAGAAAUUAACGAAUUGCAAAAAUGAAGAACACGAGGCACAGCUUUGAUAGAUGCAGCCUGCACAGCGCCUGCUUGCACCAUAAAUGUUCUCCAGGAGAAGCGAUUCCUCCUUGCUGCAACUGGCUCCUGCCCCCUCGCAGCCAUCAGCACCAGAAUUCAUGCACCAGAGACCUGAAAAGAUCCAACUGAGACUCAUCCUGGCCAAAAAAAAAAAAAUAUACAACCAAGAAUCAGCGACUUAAAAUGCUUUUGUUCAUCGGCCAUUAGCAUAAAUGCUGCAACCCCCACAAAAGAAGAGGCAGGAAUGAGUGACGUGGGAAAGAAGGGGCUGCUCAGUGCACCUUAUGCUGAACUGAAGCAAUGAAGAUGCUGAGGGGAAGUGAGGAAUGUCGGUCUGUAACACCUCCUGCCCCUUUCAUCACACUGACUCUGGUAUUCACGAAACUCUAAUUUCGGUUUACUCGGCUCAUUAAUCUAGGAGAAAACUAGCCAUUUCUUUUUUUUACUGGCUCAGUUUUCUGAUCGGUUAGUGAGAUGAAUCUGCUCAAGGACCAGUUUAGACAGAUCCAGAACAAGAUACAGUGCAGGAACAUACAUCUCCCCCUCCACUCAGCCUACUCAUCGCCACUUUGUCCUCUAGCUUCAAGGGACCAAUUUAUGUGUAUAUAUUCACAAAAGUACUUUUUCUGUCCCAAAAUUGGGUUCUGUCACAACACUUUGAUAACUUGCAUCCUACUGAUUUUUUGUAAUCUUUUUUUUAUGUCUUUUUUA